AUGGCUAUCUUAUUCCUGCUGGACCCUCUGGACCCUCUGGAAUACAUUCAUCAUGUUCAGCAGCAAAGCCCCUCAUCAAUUCCCUCCCUCGGAUCUCCUUCGAUCAGUAUAAGUCCCACGGAAGAUGCCAUUCGUCAUGGGUUGGACAUUCCUCUUUUCUACGACCAUUCCACCAAUUUUAUAAAUGAUAACCAACCUUUAUUUGACAACGCGAACCCUCUUCCAAGCACAGAGACCAACGGUACAGGUUUUGAUCCGUCAUACUUUGCGCCCGCGCCUGCACCUCAGGCAUCGAACGAGAUAUACCAGGAUGAGUUCAAGCUUGCCGUGGAACAUCUCAUCAACAUGGUUCGGACCGACGUCUUACAACGCCAGAUUCCUCAGCUGCACGAUGCCAAGGACUUCCUGCAAGUAACUUGGCACAGACUGGACGGCAUGAUUCAGCAACAAAUUGACAUAUCCGAGAGAUUAGCAGAUAAUGGCCCCAGAGCCAGCAAUUUUAUCUGCCAGCUUUGCCCUAGUGGACAGCGGAAGAUCUACAGUACGCGGGCCUCAUUCCGACGUCACGUCGCCUAUGAGCAUGCCCCACGGUCUAUCUAUCGUUGCCUCGAUGACAAGUGCCUCUGGACGACAAGGAGGAAGGACAAGCUGCAUUUACACUUGAGACACAAUCACGGAUUUCAAUGGCGGGCUACUCGCGAGCAAAUCAACUUAGUCGAGACUAAGAUGCCCCCACCUCGUGUCUGUCCUCUGUGUCAGAUUGCUGUUACUUCCUGGGAUGAGUACUUCAAGUGUGUGUGUGAGCAUAGUCGCGUGGCAGGAGCUGGCUCGGCAAGCACCAGCGCCAGCCAGAGUCGUCGGAACAGCGAUGACCGUGGACAAGGUAGUGGUGGCUCUAACUACAAUAAUUUUCAAUUUCUUGGCAGUGAGUUUGGGGCGAACAAUGGCCAGUCAGCCUCUGGGAACGGCAACCAUACGGGCUCUACCUUUUUCAGCACGGGGUACCACCAGAACCAGCAUACACAUCAAGCGACACAUGAUAUGAGCGGCCCCGCGCCAGCGACUUUGACAGGCCCAAAUCCGGGUGUGUUCUCUGAUGAUGGUCCAUUACAUCUUCCAGACAUUGAUGGGCUGCGUUCCGAAGAAAAGACAUGUCCCGGACCAACAAGUCUUACAAGUCAACAUUGGUCGAUGAUGAAUGCUGCCAAUCCAACCACAUGCGGCCCACACAACAAGGGAACUGUCUCCGAGAUCCACAAGUCUCACAUCAGCACCUCUGUGUCUGAGAAGCAUAAGAGAAGACCCUGCUCAAAGGAAUCGCUACAGAACAAAUUUCUUGCCAGAGGUCAAGGAGAGCUCCACCAUGAGCAAAAUGAGGAACGGCCCGAGAAGAAGUGCAUUACCUGUGGACAUGUCUUUCACAAUUGCUCUCGAUGUCGACGAUUAAAAGCGCUUUCCGGAAAAUGCCACCAAUGUGCAGAUUGGACCGGCAACAGAGCAGGUCUCCAAAAAGCGUACAUCUGGCGAAGCCGUGACCAGGCUCCUGAUGUGAACAGACAGGACGCUCUGGCACACUCCGUCACCGAUACAACUUGGUCGCUGCCAUCGAAAGAUAUUCGGUUAAGAUCUUCUGAUCUUCUUCACGCUAUGGGUGCUUUCGAUAGCUUCGAAGAAUGUCGACCUUCUGAAAUUUCUUCGCAGGACCGUGAGCCCACCAUUUACCCGCUUCAAAGCCGAACCAGGCUAGAUGGCGGGAGCCACGAGCCUUGCACCACACAACCGCUGUCUGGUCUAAAAUCAAUACUUUCAAUCGAUACCAAUGUGGUGAUCUCGAUGGUGAUCUCGACGGUGAUCUCGACGGUGAUCUCGACGGAUACCCCUUCCAGGAAAGUCCCGACAGUUGUCUUGCAUGCCCCGGGAAGAUAUCUACCAGCAAAGGUGCAAGAUCAGUCGACACCCGAAGCAAUGGCUAGACUACACCAGCGCCGCGCCGGUCAAAGAGCGACGUCUUUCAUAGCUCGCAGUCAAAGGCAGGUAUCCUUCGAUGACGAGAAGAUCAAAUUCUGCGACUCAAACUCGUGGGUGCCACAUGAGAAGACACUAACUCUCAGUUACCUGGACCACGCGGUGCUGCAUGUGAUGUACAGUUCUCUAUCUGAAAUGAUCCUCUAUGAAAUAGAUGUCGAGCAAGGCACCCUGGUCGAAUCGAUGGGUGUGGAUGUCACUCGUCGCUCCUUGGGCUGGCUGUGCAAGCCGUCUAAACAGAACACGGGCCUUCCUCAAUUGACCAAGAAACGAGUUGAUAAGAAAAAAAGUAACACAAUGUUACGAGCACGGCUCCACAUAGUUGUCGAACUUCUUGCACUCCACGCAAUGGCCAUCAAACGACGGUCCAAGAGGAAGUGUUUGACUGACGAUACUUAUCCAGCUAAAGUCGUCAAUCGGUCUAUUUCUUGCACCUCACCUGAGAUGGUAAGCCCGGAUGAUGUAGUUUCCCCGCUGUUCGACGCUGUCGUGACGUGGGACAGUUUUGCGAUGGUGAAUAUCGUAUCCUCUUGGAUCGCAACUGUUGUCCCCGAUACUGAAGGGCAGGUGGAAUUGAUGCUGUUAAUGUGGUCGUAUAUCUAUAUCAUUCUCAACGGCAGUCCGAUCAAUCUUCGGCUACAGAGCUAA